AUGCUGCCAUGGCAUGUGGAGAACGAAGUCGAUGACGAGCCGCGACCAGCGGACUUCUCUUACCUGGACAGGGUUCGGGCCGAGCCUGGGGCGGAGGAGGUGGGGUGCGAGUGUGGAGCCACCUGCGGGCCCGCCUGCCCCUGCGCAGCCCAGCACCCGUGGGGCCAUCUCUACGGUGCCGACGGGUGCCUGGUGCCGCUGCAGCUCGGCAUCGACAUCGAUGUUUUGCUGCAGGAGUGUGGACCCGGGUGUUCCUGCCGGGGCACCUGCGCCCCUCCCCCGGCCCAUCAGGAGUCCCCCGUGCACAUCCGCCGCAUCCCCAGAAAGGGCUGGGGCGUGAUAGCAGACUGCAAUAUCCCAUGCGGCGCCUUCGUUUGCGAGUAUGUGGGUGAGCGGGUGACGACGGCGGAGGCCUGGCGCCGUCUCCGCGACUACGACGCCGCCGGCAGGGCGCACGCCCUCCUGGUGUUCCGUGAGAUCCUGCCCUCCCAGACCGCCGCCCUGCGCAUCAACAUAGAUGCAACGCGCCAGGGUAACGUGGCGGCCUUCAUCAACCACAGGCACGGGGGCCAGAGAGUGCCCGCAGCUCCUCCCUCUCCAUGCAGCUGCGACGGCGGCAACCUCAUCCUCCUGGCUGUCCUGCCCCGUGGCUGCAUGGUCCCCUCCCUGCGGCUAUUUGCCCGCCGGAGCAUCGAGGCCGGCGAGGAGCUGACCUACUCUUAUGGAACCCCGGCCGGUGGGCACCCCUCCCGAGUCCAAGCCCCCUGCCUCUGUGGCACCCCAGCCUGCCGUGGUUUCCUGCCCCGUGACCCUGCAUAG